GGACAAUUUCUGAGGCUGAACUGCAAUUCCACUAACAAGCUAAAUCAGAGUUCUCUAGGAACAAGUGCUGUUCUUGAUAAACUUCUGGCUGUCUUGGUGCUAGCUGUCCCCAGUGAUCAUCGGUGGUUGGUUAGAGGCAUCCAGACACAACUGGAAAUUUGUGCCGGGCUAGACAGUCAACCUGAUCCCAGUGUCCUGAUUGCUUUGAACCUGGCUGAGGACCACAACCUCAGUGUGAUAACGCAGUUGGUGCAGCAGAUAAAAGAAACAGCUGGAACAGGUACGAUGCCUGAAAUGAGAAGCUUCUACAUAACCCAGUUGAUUGAGAAAAAUCACAUUAAGCCUAAGGAAUCUUGCUCUCAUUACUUUUCUAUUUCUGCUAAACUUACUUAUCUUUCAGAUACUACUGGGAGCCCCAAGACAACCUACUACCAAUUGGCUCUAGAUACUUUGGCUCUGUGUGUGGAAAAAAGUCCAGAACUUGAAAGAGCUGCCUCUGCCCUUGCGAACGCAUCCCUGCAUAAAUGUUUCCAAUUCCAGGGUCGUUUCUCUGUAGGUAAGAUCAUUACACGCUUCAUACAGAGACAACACAGACACACACACAUAAGAUUUUUGAAUACGAUUUUAAAUUACCUUUUUACUCUGAGCUUCCAAGGACAUCAGGAUACAAAUCCAAGUAAAUUCAGCUUUCAAACAGAGGAGACAUCUUGGGGCCCCAUGGUCACCUCAAUCAAUGGCCUCCAAGCCAGCACCAAUGAAAAGACCUACUGGCAGUUCCUCAGUGGCAAAGAACCCCUUGAACAAGCCUGGCCUACAGCCCUGGCAUCUCCUAGAAGUAUCCUAUCCAGAGACGAGUCAGCCUUGACCCUGCUUAGCUUUUGA